AUGCUUCGCUUUGGAAUUAUUGUGCUGGUGAUAGGAUGUGCGAGGGGGGAGAUCGGUGGCAGCCCGUUGAUGAAUAAGUUAGUGAAAGUAAAGCCUGUGGGAAGCAACCUAAGAAGGAGUUUCGUCCCUCUCACGGAGAUCCCGACGCCUCCCCCUCCAGUUACCCAGGUUACGGAAUCUGCCAGAAGGCAUUUAGACAUAGACCCAGACGACUGCUCAAAAAGCCCGGUCAAGGAAGUCGUGUACGAAGGCGCUAAGGUCGGCAUCUUUGGGGACUAUUAUGAUGAUGCAGUAGCAAAAACUGUUGCUACUGUUGUUAUACCAGACCAUAUUGACCGCAAGCACUUUGAAGUUACUACUCAAGUCCCAUAUUUCACCGUGGGCUUGAUUGAAGCCAUCGGAUACCACCCCAGCACAGCUAAGAAUGAGUACCCCCCUGAAUGCGAGAAGAUCUACCAGGACCACCUCGCUGAUAUGUACUCCGACGAUACCACUGAUUACUCCGAUGAAUCACUCGAAGUUGCCAGAAUGCCGUUGAUGCCAGAAAUAAAAGGAGAAGGACUUGAUGAGAAGUUGGAUCUAAUCUACAGCGACAUGGAGUGA